AUGACCCGAAGCCGUAGACCUUCCAGCCCUGCCCUCGCCCCUGUCCUGCUGGCCCUGCUGCUGGGUGGUGCAGCUCGGGCCGUGGAGAUCGUGGGUGGGCAGGAAGCCCAGCCCCACUCACGCCCCUAUGUGGCAUCGCUGCAACUGCCCUGGCCCCCCAACAGCCACUUCUGUGGGGGCACCUUGAUCCACCCAAGCUUCGUGCUGACCGCAGCCCACUGCCUGAACACCGUGAACCCCACACGGGUGAAUGUGGUGCUGGGGGCCCACAACCUGCAGACCCCAGAGCCCACCCAGCAGAUUUUCAGGAUCGCCCGCCUAUUUGAGAACAACUAUGACCCACAGCAAAAGCUCAACGAUGUCCUCCUCCUGCAGCUGGACCGCCCGGCCACCCUCAACACCCAGGUCGCUGUGGCCCAGCUCCCCCAGCAGGACCAGCUGCUGCCCCAUGGCACCCGGUGCCUGGCCAUGGGCUGGGGCCGCCUGGGCACCCUUGAGCCACUGCCCCGGGUCCUGCAGGAGCUCAAUGUUACCGUGGUCACUUUCCUGUGCCGGCCACAGAACGUGUGCACAUUUGUGCCCCAACGCAGUGCUGGCAUCUGCUUCGGGGACUCGGGUGGCCCCUUGAUCUGCGACGGCGUCCUCCAAGGCGUGGACUCUUUCGUCAUCCGGGGAUGCGCCACUGGCCAGUUCCCAGACUUCUUUGCCCGGGUUGCUCUCUACGUGAACUGGAUCCACUCUGUGCUGAGGAGCGUGGGGGGCGAGGACGGCCCUGGAGCCCCCAACCAGAACCCCCACAGGCGCUGAGGCCGAGCUGUGGACAGAGGCGGCAGGUCUGCUUCUGAUCCUGUGACCACCCCCUGAACCCCCAUGCCCUUGGCUCCAGCCCCACUGAGCUGUCAAUAAAAGCUGAAAUGCC